AUGGACUUUGAUGACUCCACAGACUCUGAUGAACGAAUGUCGGCAGCACACGAGCAACAAAGAAAAGAAGAAGAAGAAGAAGACUCGACAUCAUCGCAGAGUAGUACGAUAUCUUCCCCAAUCAUAAAAUCCCAGAGAGUUCAACAAACACACAAGAAGAAAAAUACUUCUUCUUCUAUUUCUUCUUUAUUUUCUUCCGCUGCUGAGCAUGAUAAUGAUAAUGAUAAUAUAAUAUCUGCUGCGGAUGAUGUGCAGACACUUGUGAUUAAAGACCCAUUGGAGGAUGUGGAGAAUGGUGUUCGGUCCUUAUCAUCAUCCUCAUUAUUAUUAUUAUCCCCAGAAGGAAAAGGAAGAGGAAGAGGAGAAGGAAGAGAAGGAUGUGAAGAGUGUAGUGAACCUCUUCACCAUCAAUUAGUAGACGCUGAGGAUGUGCAGCAGCGGCCAUCGGCUCGUCACGGUUUAAUCGCAGAGAUGAGUACUGGACGUCUUGGAAGCACUGGAAGAGUUCCGGAAGAAGAAGAAGAAAAAGAAGAACAUCAACAACAAAAAGAAUAUGAUGAUAUGGAAGAAGAACGUGAAGUCUAUGAAAAUGAUUUUGAUGAUAAUAGAGGUUAUGAAGAAGAAAAAGAGGAAGAAGAUGAAGAUGAAGAAGAAUACGAAAAAUAUGAGGAUGAAGAAGAGAGUUACGGUGAUGAUUAUGAUGAUGAUGAUGAUGAUGAUUAUUAUUAUUAUGAAGGUACAACAGCUGCUGCUACUGCUACUGCUGUGACGGCUCCUACAACAACAAAUAAUACUAAUACUACGAACAGAAUAGAUGCUAUCACUACAGUGCAGGAUCAAGAGAGUGCUGUAGUGAUAGAAACAUCAAAAGAUUGGGAUCAGGCGCUUAGUCAAAUGGAGAUGAUGGAUACAACACUUAUGACUCACUUUUACAUUGGGUAUGAUUACUGUUGGGCAACCAAUACAGGGGAAAAUGAGGAAUCUGCAUAUGAAACGGAAACUAUGGUGAAAAUGAUAUCACCUCUCUAUAUGAAUCCAAUACCGAAAUCGAAUGAAACCUAUGCUGUAGAGAAUAAUAAAAAUGAAAAAAAGGAAGAAAAAGAAAAAGAUAUAAAAUCUCGAGAAAUGACACUCACUACGUUAAAAUGCCUCGCAUCACAUAUUUUAUCAAUGCAAGACGCCCUUGCAGAAGAGGGAUUGACUGUUGAUAACUCACAACGGAGAAAACAGCAACUGGCAGAUGAAUAUAUGGGAGGAGGAGGAGGAGGAGGAAGUACUGAUGUGAAUCCUCGAAAUAUAAUUUCUCGUGGUAUUCACUCUGUUCAUGUGGAUUCUUCUUGUCGUUUGAUAGGUGUAUUAGAUGUUGAUACUUGUUCUGUGAGUUUAUCUGAUGUUAUUGCUUUCAGUGAUCGUCCAUUCUCUCAAGAGGAAUUAGUGGCACUUCUUAAAUCUAUUAUAGGAAAAGUAAGUGCAUUACAUAAUGCUGGAUUUGUUCAUGGUUGUCUACAUGGUGGAAAUAUUCUCUGUUGUACAGAUGAUGGACGAACUGUAUUAACAGGAGUUUCUGGUAUUAUGAGUAAUCCACUACUUCCUGCAGAUCCUUCUUUUAUUUCUCCACGCCUUGCAGCAGCAAUGCAACCACUUGUGGAUCGUGUGUGGAGUUAUGAGAAAGAUAUGGGUAAUGGUGAAACAUUUCCAUGGGCAUCAGAUCCAGAAUUUCAUCGUGGAUUAUUAGAAUUAUACGGUUGCGGAGAUGAAAGUGAAAUGCGACCACGUAGUUCAGAUGAUGUGUAUGCUAUUGGUAUUAUUACACUAUCUUGCUUAUUUGGGGUUCCACCUUUUCAUUUCGCAACACUAAAGGAAGUUGUUGAGGUUUUGGUCCCUUAUUAUUAUGAUUGUAAAAGUUGUAAUAACAGUAAUAGUAGUAGAGGCAGCAGUGAUACAUCCUUAUUAGGAAUGGUAUUCACAAGCAGUUACGCAAUGCGAUGGUUUAAACUUGCAGGUUAUUCAGAGGAAUUUAUAGAUACAGCAUUAGAUUUUGUAGAGACUUGUCUCCGUGCUGGUGUGGGUGAAACAAUAGGAUCAGUGGAAAUGGCAGGUGAUUUACUUCAACAUUCUUUUUUUGUGAAGUAUCCUAUUGUUGGAAAAAUAGAUGGUAACAGUGAAAUAGGAAGUAAUAAUAAUAAUAAUAAUAAUAAUAAUAAUAAUAAUAAAGAAGAAGAAGAAAAUGUAGAUGAUGUAGAUGAAACUGUGUGUAUAGAUGGUAUUAUUCAUUAUCUUGUAUACCCAAUAUUUGCUGUCCUUGGAAAUACAAAGAAAGAUUGUGGUACAACACCAAUGAUGACACGAUUAUACCGUAAUUCUAUCUUCGCUGCUCGUUGGGAUGCAUUACAGUUUGGAGUAAAGUGUGAUGCACAUAAUAAUGAACUUUUCUUUGGAGAUGCCGUAGGUGUUUUAUGGCCUUAUUUAGAUAGACAAAUUCCUAAAUGGUGUAGUUACAAUGGUUUAGGUAAUCAACGAGAACCAAAAUGGUCUAGUUUGUUGUAUCGUGCCUCACGAAAAAGAAGAUUUUCCUUAUCUGAAAUUGAAGGUAAAGAUGAUCCAAUAUCUACAUUACUUACUUUAGCAGAUAAAAAGGAUAUGCAAUUUAAUCAUGAGAAUCGAACAUUUAUGUAUAAUGAGAAAUGUAAUAAGCAUCUUAUUCUUCAACGUGAGGAACUACCUAGUGAAUAUCGAAACUUUAUGGAUACUCUUACUCUUUGUGAUUUAGAAGAUUGUGUAGUAGAGAUAUUUGCGGGGUUUCGCUUUAUUGUUUUACGCAAUAUACGACGUUGUCAAAUAUAUCUUGGUCCAUGUUUUUAUUGUUACUGUGAUGAAGUAUCUUAUUGUAAUCCUAUUGCAGUGGCAAGUGUUCAUUUGCUUAUGAAUGGUGUUUCUCAUGUAAAGUUUAACUAUAGCGGUUUAACAGCACCGCGAUGUCCGGAUGGUCAACGAUUACCACAAGAUGUAUCUAUUACACCUUAUACUGUUGCUUAUACGGGUAUAAGUGCAGACUUUGCUGCGCUUGCAGUUCCACAGGAACAUAUUGGAGGCAUCUCAACAUUAUUUACAGAACCUGAAUCCAGUACUACUAUUAAUACUACUAAUAGUAAUACUAAUACUACUACUAGUAACACAGUUGAGAGAAUAUUAAAGUUUCCUAAAACGUUACGUGGAGGAUUUGAUUUUCCCUAUUCCCAUGCGUUAGCGGCCUAUAGUACACGUUUUAUACAUGAACAUGAUGGUGUGAGUGAUGUCUUUCUCUUCCCAACAGAGGUAACAGGGAAGAGUGUUCGUAUUGCACACAUUCAUGGUGGUGAACCUCCCGGUCCACAUAUUACGAGUGGCUUUUCUUCUGAUAUCACCCGUCAGCCAUCAUGGAUUAAUCACAAGGAUGAAUCCGAAGAAAAAGAAAUAGAAUCUGAAGCCAUACGUUACCCGGUGGUAUGUGUGUUGGAUGUAGUGAGUGACUGUGUGGUGUCGGACUGUUCACGGUGUACAAUUGUACUGCUUGGAUCAUGUGAGUUAGUGACACUGCGGCGUUGUGUGUCUGUGCGUUUUAUUCUCACCGCACGAACGGUGGAGAUGCGGGACUGCACGGCGGUGUGGAUCGACGCCGUGGUGGCCGACAACGUCCUGCUGGAGUACUGCCGCGGUGUGCGGUUGGCGCCGCUGGUGUUUCGCAGCCCACAGUGCCGUGCUUGGCGGUAUGCCCUUCAAAGCGGCGAUACCACCGACCGGUUUAAUUUUGCCCAAACAAUAGAGAAUGAGGAUAGUGAUAGUGAUAAUAGUGAGGAUAGUGAUUAUUAUGAAGAGGAAGAUGAUGAAGAAGAGAAUGCGGUACGGCGAGGGGAAGUGGAGUUGUGUGAAUGUGAUGAUGUCCAACUGGAGCCUCGGGCCACUGUUUUGUCUAUUGGGGGUAGAAUUGGUAAAAGAGCACAAGUGGCCAAAUGGAAAUUGACGCCGUUGAUGCAACAAUUAUGGGGAUCUCAACAUUCCUUAUCUUUAUCCCCCUUGACAGAAGGAAAAGAAGAAGUGGAAGAAGAUGAAUAUGAAGAAUAUAAUAAUAAUAAUAAUAAUAAUAAUAAUAAUAAUAAUAAUAAUAAUAAAGAUAAAGAGGGAAUAUCUGGAUGGGCAACGACUCCAUCACCUGUGCGUCUACAUGAUAUGUUUAAUGUAUCAAUAUUUAGAGUUCCAGAGACACUAAAUAUACGUGAAAGAACAACAAGAAAAAGAAAAAGUAGAGGAAAUGAUACGAUGGAGGAAUUACCCUUAAUAGAUGUCGUACUGGAACGUUUAGUAGUGGGCGUUGUCCAUCUCUCAGAGGCAGUAGGAACAUUAUUUGUACAUAAAUGUGUAGGUCCUCUUGAAAUUAUUGUCUGUGCUGCUCGUUCUGUUAUUAUGGAAUCCUGCGAACACGUCACUCUGCAGACGUCGUGUAAACAAUUCACUGCCAUUGACUGUCGUGCCUGUCAUUCCGCCUUGCAUGUCAAUACACCACCGCGUUAUAUAGAUUGUACAGAUAUGCAAACUUCUACUUUAAAUAUUACUUCAGAAAACUAUGAAGACUUUCUUCAUCGAACGGAUGUAAAGGUAGACGUUAAUCGCUUUGAUGAACCAGAAUUACUUUUAUCACGUACCUCAUCACUCUUCAGAGAAAAAGGAACGGAGAACUUUUCUUUACCAUAUAAUUCUACUUCAGAUACUUACACACAAUGGACAUUACCAGAAGUAAACUCUAUUGAUUCAUACACUGCGGCAUUAUCUGUACUGCAGCGUCCGUUAACUAUAGUUCCACCGCUGCCCGCUACUUGUGUGGGAUUGAAGGAUGCGCCAUUCCUUGGACCUUUUGAAGAUCGUGUGAACUCUGAAUUGGCAAAACGAACCUCUUUUGAAACGGAUAUUAUUUCAGCACUUUUAUUUCUCUCAGAGCCAAAGAAGGAAAAUAAGGAAAAACAUGAUAAUAUGGUGUUAUCAGGAGAUUCAAAAUUGAUAUCAGAUGUUAAGAACGAGAAGAACUCGAUAAACCAAAUACAACACGGAGUUACGAUGGCACUGACAAGUGAAACUGUGAAGGAAGAACGACAUGUGGAUCCUUUUCUUAGUUCUGUUGAGACUGAGACAAAAGAGCUUCCCAUUGCCACUAUUCUUCCUGCUACUGUGAAUUCUACUGGUGGUAAGGAUAAGGAUAAUAAUGAUGCUAAUAUGUUGGAUUCUGAUCGACUGCAUUCUUCUCAAAAAACGCCUCGCGCAAUGUUAUCACAACAACUUGGCUCUAGUAGUUGCAGCAGUAUUAGUAGGAAUAGACGUAAUCGUCGUGGAGAUGGUUUUAGUCGUGCAGUCGAUGAUGAAGACGAGGAGGAAGAAGAAGAAGAAGAUGCGAAUGGUGGAAGUAUAAUGAAUGAUGAUGAUGCUGUACAUGGGAGAGUGGAACCCCAGAAGGAGACACGGAGUGUAAAAGCCACAACUUCUCAAGAGGCCGAAUAUGAAUAUAUCAGCUCCGGUACCCCUUUGAACAAUGGAGGAACCUUAACAAUAACAACAACAACAACACCAACAAGAUCAAUAGCAACAGCAAUAGCAACAGUGGCUGAAGAAGAAGAAGAGGAAGAAGAAAAAGAAGAAAAAGAGAAACAUGGGAAAGAGAAGGAUGAUGGUGAAGAAGAUGGUGCAAAAAUGGAUAAGAAGGAGGAGAAGGAUGUGAAGGGAAAUGGGAAGAAUUCUCCUACUGCCGCUGAAGAUAGAUUGCCAGAGGAGCCCGUCAACCACACAAGUAGGAAUAAUAAUAAUAAUAAUAAUAAUAAUAAUAAUAAUAAUAAUAAUAAUAAUAAUAAUAAUACAGAGCUGGAGAGGGUUGAGUCCACUGAGCCUGCAGAGAUGAUGCCCAUGAAAAAGUAUUCACCAUCAGACUUUAUUAUUGCCGCCCAUCCGGAAGAUGAGGAAAUGAUACGAUCUGUUAUGCAGCAAGUGGCCGCCAGGCGUGCGGUGUUUUUCUCUGCACAUUGUUCAUCAGAUAAUGUCUCCUUUUCCUACAAGAAUUCAACAGUGGAACUGCAGAAACGGGUGGAGAAUGCUUUAGUAAAGCUUAAAAGUCUUCUCAAGUAA